GUCCUUACGGGUUGCAGAGGCAAUGGGAGGCGAGAUGGUUUGGUACGACAAGAUCGCGAAGCAUGCCAAGGGCGAGACCGAAGUAUGUGAAGACCGGUGCUGCGGAGUAUGAAAGAUUGGAGGAUGAGACCAAAGCAUUCGGAGCGCGAGCUAGAAUCAAUUCAGCAGCGGAGGAAGAAGAUCAGACAGGUUUAGCAAUAGACGCGCACAGACGACGGACGGGAUCGCGUAUCGACGUAAGCAUCGAUGGCAGACUAGAGGGUCUUUCGGGUGGUACAAGCGUGCUGAGAAUGGCCGAUGAUGGAGCGCUUGAGGAGAUCGAACUUGAUAACGAGGGGAGUCAGAGAGGGAAGAAGAGUCGAAGGAAGAAGGGCCGGAAAAGCCUGGAUGCUGAGGAAGAAGUUACGCUAGAAGAGGUUGCUGCAAAAACUAGACGGGAGGCGCUGGCGGACUACGACCGGCUGCACAUGAACGCGGAGGCUGAUGCAGAGAUUGCAGAAGAUGGUGAUGGCGAAUUGACGUUGCGAACACAUCCUUUGACGCUGGCGAACCGCUUCGGUACCAUGCCAACAACGCUACAGCUACCAAAGGACGCAUUCGUUGAGCCUGCGACGCUGCUUCUGUCUGGCCUACCUAACCCACAUCUAGCCUCGGUCGCUCAUCGUAUCUUUGGCGGUGUCGGGCUCCCUUACAGCACCUCUACGCCUGCAAAAGGCAAGACGAUGCAACAAAAGCCCAUCGCGCUUGAUGCGGCGCAGGAACGCAUGAGUGAUAUUGACGCAGACGUCUACCUGGGCGUGCUUAUGCCGGGGAUGUUGGCAAGCAUUACAAGUAUUCUCGUUGAAACACGCAAACGAUUAGGUACGGCAUGGGCGGAAAGUCUGGUGGCGAAAGCCGAAGCAGGUGAGCUUCGCAUUCUGGAUGCCGGGGGCGGCGGCGCAGGUGUGCUGGCUGUGAGGGAAUUGUUGCGAGCGGAAUGGGAGCGUAUGCACGAAGAAGCAUCCGAGCAUGUAGACUCACCUAUGGCUCUUGCAGAAGCAGAUGGCAAGCUGGGCGGUGCUUCUGCGUCCCCACCAUUGGGCCAAGCGACUGUGCUCACCGGUUCGGACACACUGCGGAAGCGUGCAAGCCAGUUGCUGGAUAAUACAUCGUUCAUACCGCGGUUGCCGGACUAUGUGCAUACUCAGACCGAGUCUGCAAGGCAGGAAGGCAAGUUCGACAUCAUUGUUGCGCCGCAUACGCUCUGGCCACUGCGGGAAGACUACAUGCGGAAAGUGCAUGUGCAGAAUCUCUGGAGUCUGCUGAGAAAUGAUGGUGGCGUGAUGUUGCUGCUCGAGAAAGGCAUUGCUCGCGGCUUUGAGCUGGUUGCUGCUGCUAGAAAUAUGCUCCUUGAUACGCGAAUAUCUUCGCCUGAGUCGCGCGAGCAAAGCUUGGACAUUGCUGAUCCACGUGAGCCGGAGAUCGAGUGGGAUUCACCACGUACAGCCGAGGAGCAAGCUGAGAGUCUGACGAGGGUUAAAGAGAAGGGCAUGAUCAUUGCCCCGUGUACGAACCACACCGGAUGUCCAAUGUACCUGCCGAAAGGUAGAGUGAAGGGCAGAAAGGACAUCUGCCAUUUCGAACAGCGCUAUGUUCGGCCGAGCUUCUUGCAGAAAGUGCUUGGUGCCAGAGACAAGAACUGGGAAGACGUCAAGUUCAGCUAUGUUUCUGUUAUGCGUGGUCGCGAUCUGCGAGAGGCGGACAAUGAACAUGCGGAGCCGGAGGUUGUGCAAGGCAAAGGAGCUUCUGAUCGAGCUUUUGAUGCUCAUCCCGACCACCUAUCGGCGAACCAAGAGCCACCGACUCACUCGCUCAAUUUGCCUCGCUCUGUCCUUGCACCGCUCAAACGCCGGGGCCACGUCAUCCUCGACCUCUGCACGCCUUCUGGCGUCCUCGAGCGCUGGACCGUACCGCGCAGCUACAGCAAGCAGGCUUUCCGCGAUGCUCGAAAGAGCUCGUGGGGAGAUCUGUGGGCGCUGGGAGCGAAGACGAGGGUUAGAAGGGAUGUCCGGAAGACGAGGUAUGAGAAGGAAGAGGGGGCGGAACAGGGGGAGAAGAUGGUGGCGGAUGUGGAUGUGAAGUUGCAGACUAGGGGCAAGAAGAAGAAGGCUAAGGCGGAGAGGGAGCGGAAGGAGAGGGCGGGUAGGAAGGGAAAGGGGAGGGUGGGGGAGGGGGUAGGUGUUGAUGAGUAUGGGAGAUUGAUUGAGGUGGAGUGAGAGUGUUCAUGUCGGUAGGUAUACAUUCUUCGGCAACAACUGAUGUUGAAGGAUUGUGUGCAAUGUGGGCUUCCGUCUUCGAACUCCUUGAUGUCUCCGCGAAUUGCCGACCUCGCACGACUCGCAGUUCAAUCGGCCUCACUCCGCUCGAAUAUCACAGACAGCCGGUCGACAACAUUCUCCUUGCUAUUCCAGCGUAACCCAAGCUUGGUUCCGUGCUACCUAUCCACUGAAUGCAUUCAUCACAGCUUUUACGGUCAGUGUCGCCUUGCUGUUGGUGUAGGCUGUCGAAGUACGGCACAGCUGCGCCAUGUGUGCUAAUCAGCCUUGUUGCCCGUACCUACCCUCUCGUAUCUCAUUGGUCAGCCUUGUCUCCUUCACUGAGAGCUAUUCUACUUCCAACAU